UGCAAUGUUUUCUCUUCUAGAUUCAUCUGCAUUUAUCCCGCAUAUCUAAAUAACAAGAAGACAAUAGCAGAAGGAAGAAGGAUACCUAUAGACAAAGCUGUUGAAAAUCCAACGUCUACAGAAAUCCAGGAUGUGUGUGCAGCGGUUGGAUUCAAUGUACUCGUAGAGAAAAAUAAGAUGUAUCCAAGAGAGUGGAAUCGUGAUGUGCAGUACAGGGGUAGAGUACGAAUUCAGCUCAAACAAGAUGAUGGCAACCCAUGCUUACCUCAGUUUCCAACACGUAAAUCGGUGAUGCUGUAUGCUGCAGAAACUAUUCCCAAACUGAAAACAAGAACACAAAAAAUGGGAGCUGGUGAACAAAGUCUUCAGCAGGGAGAGGGAGGCAAGAAAGGCAAAGGGAAGAAAAAGAAAUGA